CCUCAUAUGCUUGUUUUCACCGGAAGUCAGCGGUGCCCUUACUUACUGCUGCAAAGAGCCGCCGAAACAAAGGUAUUAUUCGUUACUUGCGAAAUUAGAUGAUUAACCUGGAAGGCGCGAGUUUCGUUAAACGACGUUAGGAGAGAAUUGUGAAAAUUUUGAGGUGUGAGGAGCAGCAGUGAAAGCAGGAAAGAGCGUCGGCAGCGCACAUGUGCCACGGAACUGACCGCCAUUUCACGAAAUAGGCGUCACGUGAUGUGUCUGGAAUAAUCAGUAAAUGUAUUGAAGGUUUAAAUCUUCUUUGAAGAUAUCGCGUGUGCUACAGUAUAAUCCUAUCACCCAUGACGACUAGAGUGUUUGUUGGCCAUCUCAGCUAUGACGUGCGAGAGCGAGAUCUCGAGAAAUUUUUCAAGGGCUACGGCCGCAUCGGCGAAAUCCUGCUCAAGAAUGGCUACGGAUUCGUUGAAUUCGACGACUAUCGCGACGCUGAAGAUGCCGUCCACGACCUAAACGGGAAGAAACUGCUGGGCGAGCGUAUAUCAGUGGAACUCGCACGUGGUAUUCGUCGAACCGCGGGGUCAGCGCAGCGCGGUACCCGCCGUUAUGGCCCGCCGACGCGCACAGAGUACCAGCUAAUCGUUGAGAACCUGAGCAGCACCGUCAGUUGGCAAGACCUCAAAGACUUCAUGAGACAGGCCGGAGAAGUCACGUACACAGAUGCCCAUCGUUUGCGUCGACACGAGGGCGUUGUAGAAUUUGCAACGUACGGUGACAUGAAGAAUGCUGUUAUCAAGUUGAACAACAGAGAACUCGACGGACGCCGGAUCCGACUCGUUGAAGCGAAGCGCGCGCAUAAGUCCAGAUCAAGAUCGCGGUCCCGACGUCGUCGUUCAUCAAGCAGCCGUUCAUAUUCAAAAUCAAAAUCUAGAAGCAGGUCUUACAGCAGGUCAAGGUCUCGGUCAAAGUCAGCAACUCCGCGACGUCGUAGUCGCUCCAGGUCAAAAGGCAGGCGCAGCUCAGCAUCACCAGUGCCUCGUUCUAAGGGCAAAGAUCGUCGUAGGUCAAGAUCAAGGUCGCCACAAUCACGAUCCAAGUCACGGUCAGCUUCUAGGGGAUCACGAUCGGGAUCGAAAGAGAGGGUAAAGAGGACCAAGCGCGAGAGAUCCGAAUCGGAGGAAAGAGUUAAUCGCAACUCAAGGUCGAGAUCAAAGCAGAGGUCCAAUACACGUUCCAGGUCACGAUCCAAGUCAAAGACAGCAAAGGACACCAACUCAAAGGAACGGUCAAGAUCACGAUCAGAGUCUGAAGACAGAUCAAAACGGAAGAAGCGCAACAGGUCGGAAUCGAAAGAGAGAGACGGCGACCAGUCGAGGUCUCGCUCAGCGUCUCCAGCAGGCGGUGCACGCAGCAAAUCGCGCAGUGUUUCCAAAAGCCCACCGCAAAAUGAUGACGGUGACCGUCGAGAGAGUUCUCGCUCGCCCUCGGCAAACGGUGAAAGUUGAAACAUUUCUUUGCGCAACAUUUGUCAUUUUCCUCGAUUCAUGUGCGAGCAUUUUUUUCAACAUUUAUCGCAACAGUUGCUUGGCAUGUCAUUACGUUCCAGCCGUCUAAACAUCCUUAGAAUGCUUUUUAUGUGCACCUUUGCCCUAAGUGAGAUAAAAAAAAAAAGUGUUAGUGAUGUUAAACUGGUUGGGAGGCAUUUGAAAAUUUUGUUUGGAGAACAGUAUGGCACUGUAGCAGAAUGGCAUAUCGUGUAACUUCAUCUGUGACUUCAUCAAUAAAUGGAUUUUUUCAA